GGGGGCCGUGAGAUGAUUUACAGCCACGGAAACGGUUGUCAGGGCCAACCACUAAAUAACAGACCCCCUGACUCCUGAUGGCCAAAUCAGGGCAGUGAUUAUAACAUAUGAAGAAUAGACGGCACUUGGGACAAGUUCAUGAACACUGGACAAAGACGUGAUCAGGUGGAGGAGACAUUACUAGAUCCAGGGGUGAUGUGAGACCCCAUAGCUGCUUCAAGUGGAUGGUGUACAAUGCUGGGACUGAGGAGUUUCUGGAAGAACAUAAUGACACGAGGUUUCCCGCAGGAGUCGUUUUGUGACAGAAAACCCACAAACCUUCCGGGGACACCAUGACCCACAAUGAUUAUACAGCAGCCAACUUCAGAGCCUCAGUUGCUGUUUAUUGUGGCAGCGUUCCCAAAAUGAAGCCCGGGUACAUGUCUCUCCGAAAUGGCAAAGUCGACAACAACCUACAGCUGUACGGGAACCGAUGGGGGGCGGCUGACACAGCCGCUCUUCAGUCCACAUUAAGCCUGCAGGUGAAGAGGCCGUACAUGUGGAGGGGAGAUGAUCUGCAGCCUGAGAUUUUGGAUACUGAACAGAAAAAUGAAUCCCUUCACCUAAAACUGAAAAAUCCGAGUAAUAAGAACCACAGGGAGGAAGAGGUGGACAGUGCAGUCCUGGAGACAGCCCGGCUGAAGGACAAGCUCAAGAGGAAGAUGUCUGAAAGUUCUAGCGCCCGAGGGGCUCCAUCUGAGCUGAUAAGUUCCCUGAACGCCCCCCUGAAGCCUGCAGUUCCCAGGAGCGCCUCCCAGAGGUUAAUGAAUGUGACGAAACCUGUACCCCCCAUACGGAGGAGCCCCACUCUUCAGAGCAACGUAGCAGAGAGCGGCACGCAGAGGAACCGGACAGAGAGCGGGGACGGAAGGAGAGCGGAAGACGCCUCAUACGUAGAGUCUCUACAACUCGCGCGCUCUGGCGAGGAUAAGAACCGUAAGCCUCUAGUUGGGGCUGUGAUUCCUCCUAUAACCAAAUCAUCCGCCGUUCCCGCAGAGCCGACUGAGAAUGGCUUCAUUAAAAGCAGUACUCCGGGGGAUGAGGGCAAAUCCAGCAGCUCUAUAGACGCUGAUCAAACAGACGCCUGUGCCAUGAAUGCCAUGGAAACCAACUUGGAACUGGUCUCUUUAAAACCGAUCCCAUCGUCUGCAGCCAAAGACCCUGACGCCGUUCCACUCCCCGUCAAAGAGGAGGAGGAAGGGAAGGAGAACAAUGCUCGGAUUAUCUUUACUAUAUCCAAGUCUGCGCAAGACAAGAUGAGACAGAAACAGCAGGAGAUAGAAAAUAUUCAUAAUGAAAAAAGAAGGAGCCAAAAGCAAUUGUGGGACCGGCUACAAGGAGUGGAUUCUGGAGAACCAGGGCCCGUGACCUCAUUCAGUCUUAGUGGGGUUAGCACAGUGCCUCUAGUUUCAGAGAAGAGACCAGGAGUACAGAAUAUAAGCUUGAACAAAUGGGUGAGUCGCCCGUCUCUGCCCAGUAUCCCCACUGUGAACCAGGACACCAACAGUGAUUUUCGCCACUCGUCAGCAUAUUCUUUACCUGCCACCUUCCUGGACUGCUCUGACUGGGACUCCGAUUCUGAGAAUGGCGGUCCGGGUACUGGUCCAAUGUCUCAUCCAGAGCAAGGGUUGUUGGAGGCUCUGAAGUGGCUCAAUCACAAAGACUGGGAGCAGAAGGAGAAGGGUCUGAUCAGUAUGAGGUGCCUGGUGUCCUGGCAUCCCGAGGUCCUAUUCUCCAGACUUCAUGACGUCAGCAUAGCAGUGACCAGAGAGGUCAGCAAUCUGCGGUCCAAAGUCUCCCGUAACGCCAUCAAAACCCUGGGGGACCUGUUCAAAGCCCUCCGAAGAAAUAUGGACCAAGAAGUAGAAGAGAUCACCCGGGUCCUGCUCCACAAGAUCGGGGAUUCCAAUGAUUUCAUUCGAGAGGAGUCAGACAAGUCUCUAGGAGUCAUGGUGGAAUACGUCAGCCCAUCCAAGGUCCUUUCUGCUCUGAUUGCCGGGGGCAUCAGUCACCGGAACAGCGCGGUGAGAAAGUGCGCGGCGAAGCAUCUCAUGGCCGCGGUGGAACAGUUGGCGGGCGACAAACUCCUGUCGGGGCCCCGGGAGAGCACAGACGCCUUUCUCAGGACCCUCGUAAAACUGAUGCAGGACGGGCAGCAAGACACCAGGUUCUAUGGGAGGCGGAUGUUCAGCUUAGUGAUGGCGCACCCUAAAUUCGAACAGCAGAUGGAACGCUUGAUCCCGUCACAUGACCUGCGGGAACUUAUCGUCACGGUUAAACAGAAGGAAGCGAGUGACAGCGUUUCAGACGUUCCAUCCGCCAGGAGUCAGCGGCCUCUGCAGAAGAGCAGCGUCCUGGCGAGUGCGGACGCCAGAGACCAGGAGGCUCCGGAAUCAGACCACAGAGUAAGCCAGCCCGUAGAGGUGGAAUCAGAACCUCAAGAGUCCCCGGUCCCUCGGCGGCAGCCUGUCCGUGUGGCAGAGGCCACGGAGCAAGUAAAGGAGCUCAUCAAACUACUGACAGCCAAGGAAUAUCAGAGCAAAAUGAACGGCGUGACGCUCCUGCUGGAGCACUGCAAGAGCAACGUCAAGCUCGUCACCUCCAACAUUACCCAAAUUUUUGAUGCCUUUAACCCCAGGCUGCAGGAUGCCAACAAGAAGGUGAAUCAGUAUGCGCUGGAGUCGGCUGCUGUCAUGGUCCCGCUCCUCAAGGACAGCCUGCACCACGUCUUAGUCCCUAUGGUGACCGUAAUCACAGACAACCUGAACUCCAAGCACUCCGGCAUCUACACGGCUGCAGUCAGGGUUCUGGACACGCUGAUCUCCAGUAUAGAUAAUUUGUGGCUUUUGCAGCCAUUUGCCGGCAGAGUCCGUUUUCUCAGCGGCCGCGCCAUGAAUGAUGUGACCGAGCGAUUGUCAGGCCUGGUGACCUCUGUCUACCCCCGGAAGCCUCAGGCGGUGGAGCGCCAUGUCUUACCGGUGCUUUGGUAUUUCUUAUCGAAUAUCACCGGGAAUGGAGUCCUGCCUGGACGGAAUGGGAAUUUCAAGGACGUGGUGACCAAACUGACAAGAAGCCUGCACAAAGUGAUGGGGCCCAGCCUUGAGGAGUACGCCUCCGCUCAGUCGCAGCACGCCGUCAGGAUGUUGGCUGACAUGCUGGGCACCAAGUGAAGAAAUGGAUUUAUUUUUCAUGAACUUAUUAAAGUGCGAGGAGGAGAUGGAACGUGCGUGCCAGAGAUUGGGCCUCAUUUAUCAAACCUCCUGAAUCCCCAUCUUCUGGACAGUUCUCAGCUACACCCCCAAUUCACGCAGAAAUGGCCACAAAAAAUUUCCUGAAACGCCUACAAAAAUUUCCCGAAAUGCCCCCUUUGGGGCAUAUUUAUAUAAAAACCACCCCUUAGAGGGUCAGUUGGAAGGAAGCUAGCGGCCAACGAGGCCAUUUGAGUGAAAUAUGGCCCAAUGUACUUAAUAUAAUUAAGGUGUAAAUGAUAUAUUUUGGACUUUGGCCCCAACCAUCACCCAAUAGUCCUUAUUCGUGGUACUGUCCUGCUAACUGGGCCACAAAAAGGCGGAGUUUGUACUAAUUUGCAUUAAAGGGGCGUCUCCAUCGGAACUGGAUGGAGUUUAAAACGUUCUUAAUUUAGGAUUCAUAUAUUGGCUAGAGAAGCAGCAGAUGACGUUGUAUCUCAGGGGUCCGUCAUAGGAUUCCAUUAUUUAUUACUGCUUCAUCCAUUCGGAGGAUCCUCAAGACGAUAAAAUAGUUUUAGCACCAGCUUGGCAUUUAAACAGUUAAAAACUACAUUUAUGUCCACUAGCUGCAGAUAUCGGACUUCAUGUGCCCUGUACUGCCUGUCAGCUACAUCAUUUCUUAUACUCUGCCUCAAGAGCUGCAUUCAUAAUUCUGCUUCUUUCCUUUAGGCCUCAUGCACAUGGCCGUUGCGCGUCCGUUCCGUGCUUUGGGGACAGAAAUUUGCGGUCCCCAAUGCACAGGCAACGUCCGUGCCACGGCCGGG